GAAGAAAGAUGAAAGAAAGUAAUAAAAACUGUGACUCACCGUUUUCUGAAUGAAUCAAAGGAUGACAUGUAAGUAGGGAGUAAAAUGUAAUAGUAGUGUUAGUAUUACCCUAUUAGAAAUGAAAGCAAGACCAGAUCAACGUACAGCAAAAAUUUGUACUGUCAUCAUUUUGAAGAUCUUUUCUGCGGGGCUGUCUGUAUGCACUUGUCGUGUCCGUGCAAACUGAAAAUGACUAUGGAAUUAAGAAAAUCUAAAUGUGCCAAUCUGCCAAUCAGAUAGAGGCUGUACUUAUCAAGGAAUUCUUCAACGCCAUUGUACAGCUCAGCUUGAAAUUUUCAUUCCUUGCAUAAAUUACAAUACAUUAUAACAAAGGGUGUCUGAAAGGUUUGUGGUAAAUCUAAAAUCUGUGAACUUUUAGCUAUCAUUUUUAGCAUGACAGUUUUGCAGGCUUGAAUGGGAUCAUAACUCAUAAGCCAAUCAAAAUAUGUUAGUUUUGUUCCCUUUCUCUAUUAUUUUUCUGGUUCUUGAAACCCUAAAAUCACAUUGAUGAAAUAUUAGCAAUUAGCUUAAACUACUAAGUAUUAGCCGGCCUCAAUGGAGUAGCCUAAGACCCAAAAGUUUUUCAGACUUUCACAUGCUUUCUGACUCAAUCUUAUAUUAUUAGGCGGCCUAGUGGAAUAGGGCAAGACUCGAAAGCUCAUUAGACUGGUACAUUUUUUUUAACCGGUAUAAAUUGUAUUUAUUCUGUUCAUACCAAAACGAUGUAACAAACAAAGUGUCACCUUGAUGUAUAGCUAAGACUUGUUCCCCUGAUGAUCUUGGAGGAAUUCUUUGUACCUUUCAAGUAUCGGUAAUAUGACAUCACUUGCAUUUGAUCAGUUCCAAAGGAGUUGGAAAGGGACUUGAAAGAUGAUGAAUUUGCUGACCAGCCGGCCUUGAUAUUCUCUCUAAUUCGCUCUAUUUCUGUACAUAUAAAAAACACCAUUUCCUCUUCUAACAACCAACUUCUCCUCACCCAGUUUUACAGUACCAUAAAACUUUUUGCAGUUCUUCAUAUUGAUCACUGCUGAAAAAUGGGGAGAGGUUUUAAGCUUAGAUUCGUGAUGCCUUAUUUCCAGUUCUGUCGCUCCAAGAAACCUUCGUUUCUGGCUUCUAUACACAUGUUUUCCCCAAUCAAUCCUAAAGCAUUCGACAUUCCUUAUCCCGGUUUCCCUGUUCCACCGCCUUCAACGCCAACUCAGUAUCAUGAACACCUUGAAUCGCCCGUUCACAGUUUCAAGAACGAGCAGAAACCUUCUCACAAGACUUAUAAUUCACCGGUUUCGGAUUUUUCAGAUGAGUAUAUGAGGCCCAUUGCACGUUCAAAAGGCAAAAAGAAGGCGAAAAUGGGGAGAGAUCAGAGGGCUAAAGCCAAACACAGGCUUAGCAGAAGCAAUAAUUCAACGGGGGAGAGUGGCUGGUUCAGCAGCGAGGAAACAGAGAGCUUAUUUUCAACUUCUCCGAGCUUCGAUUCCUCAUUCGAUCUUGAUUACCAGACCAAUGGAAUAGCCACGAGAAAGCAGAAGAAUGGCUUGAAGGUUCGGACACUGAAACAUUACCUGUCAGGGAGCUUUAAGGAUGCUGAAAACGAUUGUGCGGUCAAGAAAUCAGUUUUUGAGCGGUUGAUGCCUUGCAUGUUGGAGGGGGUUGUGAAGGAAAGCUUUGCAGUGGUGAAGAAAACAGAUGAUCCGUACGAGGAUUUCAAGAUAUCAAUGCUGGAAAUGAUAGUAGAGAAACAAAUAUUCGCAGUAAAGGAUUUAGAGCAGCUUUUGCUGUGUUUUCUUUCUCUCAAUUCACAGCACCACCAUGCAGCCAUUGUGGAGGCCUUCACAGAGAUAUGGUACGAGCUCUUUACCAUAUCUCCGGUUCCUGGUACAAAUUGCCAUGGUACCUAUCAGCACCUUAAAAUUCAGUGAAAGUACUUAUUUUUAAAUUUUAUGAUUUAUCAAUGUAACUAUAUUGCA